GUUUACGUGCUGAAUCGAGCAUACAUCGUUAUUCGGGGUCAACUGGUAAUGCAUACUAUACCUUUCUCAUUGUUUUCGUCGAAGAGUUACACUGGACUCUUAGAAUCAUGACAAACGAAUUCCGCGCCUUUUGACCACGAUUCAACCAAUGUCGCCUUUGGGUGCCUUGCUCCCCAAGUCCCCGUUUCACCGUGGGCUCGGCUUCCCAUGGUGGGAGAGGAACACAAUGUACAAGGAUACAGACCUGAAGACGGUCGUCGUAAUACCUUUCUUCUAUGGCCGGGAUGUACUUUAUACCUCGAGCCUGUCGGUCUUUCAUCAAUGUCUGGCGCUAAACUCGCCUUUCGGAAAGGGUGACUUGGGAGCCAUAAAAAUGAUGGGCGAUAAUGUCGUCACAACAGAAGGUGAUGCAUGGAGGAAACAUAGACGCAUUACUGGACCAGCCUUCAAUCACGCCACCUAUAGAAACGUAUGGGAAACGGUUGCAAGAGUGUACGAUGACAUGCUGAACCAAGAAGGCUGGAAGCACGUCGAUGAGACACCACCCGCAAACUUUAAUCAAGUUACGCACAAACUUGCGCUCUUUCUCAUUGCGAUCGUGGGCUUUAAUAUACCCAUGUCCUGGAAUGAACCUCCACGCGACGAGAACGGACGCCUGUCCGUACAGUCUAUGAUUUUCGAGGUCGCUGCAUAUAUUCUUCAUCGCGGUCAGCUUCCCAAGUGGACGUACUCUUUGGGAUUUCAAAAGCUGAAGGACAUUGACGAGGCUUAUACCACGUUUGAGCACUUCAUGCACGAGCGUAUCUUGGAACGUGAGGCCCAGCUGAAGAAGAUACGUGCAAUGGAAGGAAGUACAGACGCAGAUAUUGCGGAUAGCAUCAAAGACGUUUUCGGCCGUCUUGUGAAUGCACGUCUUGCUGAUGGGAAAUAUGCCUUAACUGAUGAAGAAAUCAUCGGUAACUGCUUCAUUUUCACUUUCGCAGGUCAUGAGACAACCGCAAACACGCUUGGAAUGACACUAUCCCUCCUUGCUUUGCAUCCCGACAAACAGGAAUGGGUCUAUAACUCAAUCAAAGAUGUCGUUGGUGAUAGGACACCCACAUUUGAUGAUUAUGAUGCGCUGAUUGCUGUACUCGGAUGCUUCUUUGAGGGGAUGCGGAUAUACCCUGCUGCAUUCAUGAUUCCAAGGGUUGCUUACCAAGACUGUACACUUUCAUUGCCCCGUAGGGACAAUCCAAAUGUUGUGGAACAUAUAUUCCUCAAAAAAGGGACCCCAGUUAACCUGGACCUGAUAGGGAUGCUCUACGACCCCCAAACUUUCCCAGAUCCAGAAGAGUUCAAACCAGAGCGAUGGGUCAAAUCUGGAAAAUUUACAUCCGCUUCCUCGAUAACGAAAGAUACAGAUGCUGGUGAGGUAUCUGGGUCUGCACCAGCAAGUACACUCGAUGGUUUCUUUGGGUUCUCCUUCGGUCCACGGACCUGUCUCGGACACAAAUUCGCAAAAGUCGAAGGAGUUGCGUUCCUCACACUAUUACUCCAUGAGUGGCGUAUUGUACCCGCUUUGAGGGAUGGGGAGACGAAGGAGAUGUGGAAGGAGAGGGUUAUGAACCCAACAUUAGGGAUGACGUUGAAUGUUGCUGAAGUACCCUUGAAGCUUGUGAGAAGGAAAUGAUCUUUGGGCGCUCUUGUAUCUGUAAUGUGGAUCUGUACGCC